GUGGCGUAACGGAAGUGACAUCACGACGUCAACACGUAAGAUGGCGACGCACCACAGGCAGAAUGCAGCGGGGCGCAGGAAAGUGCAGGUGUCAUACGUGAUCAGAGACGAGGUGGAGAAAUAUAAUCGUAAUGGAGUCAACGCACUACAGCUGGAUCCAGCUCUUAACCGGCUCUUCACCGCCGGACGAGACUCCAUCAUCAGGAUAUGGAGCAUUAACCAGCACAAGCAGGAUCCAUACAUUGCAUCGAUGGAGCAUCACACAGACUGGGUCAACGACAUCGUCCUCUGCUGCAACGGGAAAACAUUGAUAUCAGCGUCAUCAGACACUACGGUGAAGGUCUGGAACGCACACAAGGGCUUCUGCAUGUCAACACUGCGAACGCAUAAGGACUAUGUUAAAGCAUUGGCAUAUGCUAAAGACAAAGAGCUGGUGGCUUCUGCAGGACUGGACAGACAGAUCUUUCUCUGGGAUGUGAACACACUGACCGCACUGACCGCGUCCAAUAACACCGUUACUACGUCUUCUCUCAGCGGAAACAAGGACUCCAUCUACAGUCUGGCCAUGAAUCAGAUGGGGACGAUGGAGCUGGACCGCUCGGCUGAUCCGCAUUCGGCCAUCUGGGUUUCCACCACAAAGUCCACGGUUAAUAAGUGGUCUCUGAAGGGUAUCCAUAAUUUCCGAGCGUCUGGUGAUUACGACAAUGACUGCAGCGCUCCGCUGACGCCGCUGUGCACGCAGACAGAGCAGCUGAUCAAAGGUGGCGCCAGUAUAAUUCAGUGCCACAUUCUGAACGACAAACGACACAUUCUGACCAAAGACACCAACAAUAACCUGGCGUACUGGGAUGUGCUGAAGGCCUGUAAAGUCGAAGACUUGGGCAAGAUGGAGUUUGAUGAAGAGAACAAGAAAAGGUUCAAGAUGGUUUAUGUGCCGAACUGGUUUUCGGUGGAUCUGAAGACAGGGAUGUUGACGAUAACGCUGGACGAGAGCGACUGCUUUGCAGCCUGGGUUUCUGCUAAAGAUGCUGGCUUCACCAGCCCUGACGGAUCCGACCCUAAACUGAAUCUGGGCGGGCUGCUGCUGCAGGCUCUGCUGGAGUACUGGCCUCGCACUCACACCAACCCCACGGACGAGGAGACCGAACUCAAUCAUGGGAGCGGUGUGAAUAUGUGCUCUCCUGUCUUUCAGAUGGAGCUGGACCGCUCGGCUGAUCCGCAUUCGGCCAUCUGGGUUUCCACCACAAAGUCCACGGUUAAUAAGUGGUCUCUGAAGGGUAUCCAUAAUUUCCGAGCGUCUGGUGAUUACGACAAUGACUGCAGCGCUCCGCUGACGCCGCUGUGCACGCAGACAGAGCAGCUGAUCAAAGGUGGCGCCAGUAUAAUUCAGUGCCACAUUCUGAACGACAAACGACACAUUCUGACCAAAGACACCAACAAUAACCUGGCGUACUGGGAUGUGCUGAAGGCCUGUAAAGUCGAAGACUUGGGCAAGAUGGAGUUUGAUGAAGAGAUCAAGAAAAGGUUCAAGAUGGUUUAUGUGCCGAACUGGUUUUCGGUGGAUCUGAAGACAGGGAUGUUGACGAUAACGCUGGACGAGAGCGACUGCUUUGCAGCCUGGGUUUCUGCUAAAGAUGCUGGCUUCACCAGCCCUGACGGAUCCGACCCUAAACUGAAUCUGGGCGGGCUGCUGCUGCAGGCUCUGCUGGAGUACUGGCCUCGCACUCACACCAACCCCACGGACGAGGAGACCGAACUCAAUCAUGGGAGCGUGAACGGUGAGCACGAGAGCCGGAUACAGAAGGGAAACGGAUAUUUCCAGGUGCCGCCGCACACGCCGGUGAUUUUCGGUGAAGCGGGAGGAAGGACGUUAUUCAGGCUGCUGUGUCGAGACUCCGGUGGAGAAACUGAGUCCAUGUUACUCAACGAGACGGUCCCGCAGUGGGUCAUCGACAUCACCGUGGACAAAAACAUGCCCAAAUUCAACAAAAUCCCAUUCUACCUCCAGCCCCAUUCGUCCUCCGGAGCAAAAACAUUAAAGAAGGAUCGUUUGUCGGCCAGUGACAUGUUACAGGUGAGGAAGGUGAUGGAGCACGUGUAUGAAAAGAUCAUCAACCUGGACAGCGAGUCGCAGACGGGUGCUUCGGCCGCAGAGAAACCCAGCGAGCAGAAGGAGGAGGAGGACAUGGCAGUGCUAGCGGAGGAGAAGAUCGAGCUGCUCUGUCAAGACCAGGUAUUUCAUUAG